AUGGACAAUGUCUGCAUGAUGAUGCUUGAAGAAUCAGCCCCGAAAGGCCUCGAAGGGCCCUUGAAAGGCCAUGGAGGUCAUGGCGAGAUCCGUUUCGACGAGAGGCUCUUAUCUGCUGACUUGGAUUCCAUUCAACACCUCAACUCCGCCGGCUUGUUCGUGAACGAAGCCGCCAGCUUGCGCCACUUGUUGCACAACCGGAAUAUCCAGGCCACUUCCUUUGCUGUGGGCCGGUUGCGCUGGGCCUACUCGAAGCAGAAUGCUCUCGAGAUGGGCUCCAUUGGAAUGGUUCCCAAAGGGGAGCUCGCCUGGGAACUUCAGGUUCCACGGAUGCUGGCCGAGGCAACAUCGCAGUUGCAGAAUCGUUCGAGACAGGAGGACAACGCUCCCUUGCCGUGUCUGUGCACGCUUCACUUCGACUUCUCCAUUGUCCAGCCGCUCUACCAGUCUUUGCCAGCCAGCCGUGUUCUAGGUUUUGCGAUUCUCCGAAAUCCACUCCAGCGCUAUUUGUCACACUUUCACUUUGCCAGACGAUUAGACUGGACAGCUCGGUUGAGAAUUCGUCGGCUGAAUCCGGUCCAGUACCUCUAUGAUCCGGCUGCGCUGCUGGACACCUUGAUGGUGUGGCAGGAUGGCAUGGCUGGCACUGCCUGGUUGAGCGGUCUGUCGGUACACGUGGGUGCUGGCUCCACGAGGCAAGAGGCCGACAAUGCAAGGAUGCGGGCCAUGUUCAGGAAUCGAACCGCAACUCUUGUGCAGGCGGUGCAGAACUAUCACAAGCUCACUUUCGUUGGUCUCUUGGAGGAUCUUGAAGGAUCCCUGCGUUUGCUUCGCACAGCUCUGCGAUGGUCCCGGGCUCCGUAUUUCCAACAUCUUAAUGUGGGGGACACGCAGAAGUUGCGCAGUGAAGAGUUAGUCGAGAUUGAAAUGGCGCUCCGUGUGUUGACUCCCAUGGAUAUGUGGCUUUAUUCGUACGUGAGUGCCGACUUCCGAGCUCGCUUGGCAGCUUUGGAUGUGGGAGCUGUUUACUGUCGCGCAGGAAGCGACGUACCGCAGGUUCGGGUUCCAGCGGACGACGAGCUCGGAGGUUGCAUCGCCUCGCGCAGCGCCGUUACAUGCGGUGCCGACGUUUUCGAGGGACAGCCCCAGAAGAAACAAGAGUGA